GGCAUUGUGCAUAGGACUUAACUCGAACUCGAAUUAUCGUAAACACUACUGUAUCUGUGUAUUUCUUUUUAAGUGAUCAUAUUUUGUUAUGACCGUAUUUCAUCUCUUACUAUCGAAAUUUGUCGCUGAGAUAGUUGAAGCAGCUAUUUUCUCUUUUUUGUUGAUAUUACAGUAAGAUCGUAUGCACUGACUUUACGUUCUGAACGAGAUUGUGUAAAAUAUUCGUGAACAUCAUGACAGCCCUUUACUUGGAACAUUAUCUCGACAGUUUAGAGCACUUGCCUAUUGAGUUGCAGAGGAAUUUCACAUUAAUGCGCGACUUAGAUGCCAGAGCUCAAAGUUUGAUGAAGGACAUCGACAAGCUGGCAGAUGAUUACUUAAGAAAUAUAAAGAAGGAGUCGCCAGAGAAAAGCAAAGAGCAGAUCACUCAUAUUCAAAGUCUCUUUAACAAGGCUAAGGAGUACGGUGAUGACAAAGUCCAGCUCGCUAUACAGACCUAUGAAUUGGUUGACAAGCACAUCAGAAGGCUGGACUCUGAUCUGGCUAGGUUCGAGGCAGAAAUACAGGACAAAGCGUUGAUCAGCAGUAGAGCGCAGGAGGAGGGUAAUGCUAGCAAGAAAGGCAGAAAGAAACUGAGAGAGAAGGAAAAGAAGAAGAAGGGUAAUAUAGCCAGCAGCGAAGACGAAUUCAAAGUCCCAAGAAAGAAGCAGAAGAAAGGUGGCUCCGUUGCUUCAGCAUCAUCCACUGGUGCUGUGGGUAGCGGUGCGCAAGUGGACGCGACGACCUUAGGACAUCCAGCUGAUGUUUUGGACAUGCCCGUCGAUCCCAACGAACCGACUUACUGCCUCUGCCACCAAGUAUCGUACGGAGAAAUGAUCGGUUGCGACAACCCGGAUUGCCCGAUAGAAUGGUUCCACUUCGCAUGUGUGGGUCUAACUACCAAACCCAAGGGGAAGUGGUAUUGUCCCAAAUGUACGCAGGAUCGCAAGAAGAAAUAAGCCAUAGGAAUGUUAGAAGAUAAUCAUACAUCGCCGCAUAUUCAUAUAAAUAAAAAAAGACUAUAUCGUACGUUAUUUCUAAAAUUAGAAUGUAACUUUUUUCAUAUUCAGGCAUAGAGCGCGAAAUGGUUUUAUAUAAAGAAUAAAUGGUUUUGUAUAAGAAUCAUAUAUAGACCCUCACGAGGUGAAAACAAAAUAAUAGUAGGACUGCAUUUUCAUUGCAUCUAUUGCUGAUAACAUCGACUUCCGUUAGUUUUUCUAUCGAUGCGACAAAGUGUGUUAUUUACAAUUCUCGUCAUCUUGCAAUAGGAUCUUACGUUGCUGGCUUUUUUUUGUAUCAAUAUAACAUGAUAUUAAGGGCCUGGAAUAUCCGUUCGCAUCGGGAUCAUGUAUUAAAUGUAUCGGGCGAUUCAAUAUUUUUAUUGUCAAUUUUAGAUGUAAUGGAAGCACAGUUAAGACCUAAGCUCAUCACAGACAGAAAGCUUUUGAGAAUCGGCCAUCCUCGUUAUCGCUUCCUCUUCAUACAUCGGAAUAGUAACUUAUUGAUAUUAAUGCUGUCACAGAAUCGCUUUGUAUAUUUUUGCAUUCUUUCAUACGGCCGUUUCUUGAAUAUCUGUGAUUUGCUAACUUGUGAUUUCAUGUGCGAUGUAGCAUUAUGAAAAAGCAUGAGAAUAAUAAUUUUAAUAUCAGCAAUAUGAAUAUAUAUAUAUAUAUAUAUAUAUAUAAAGUUAUUACUGUUUUUAUAUUUUAUAAAUGUAUAUUCAGCGUAUGUAUGCUUAUAUACGUUUAUAUACGUGAUGGUGUACACGUAUAUAUACGUAUAUACUGGCGUGGAGCAAGCUUGCAUUGGAGAAGAAAUGUG